GGACAUUCCGCUCAUACAAUAUCAACCCCAUCAUCCCUAGAAUUCUGACUUACCCUUUGUCAAACCAUCUUUCACUAGCUUCACAAGCUUUUGCGCCUUUUUAGCGCCUGAGACGAUUCCGCUCCGCUGUGAAUACCCUACACAAUCGACGCGCUGUACCCCACGCGACUGUCCGAGAUUAAAAUAUAUUUACCAACGCAUACAGAGCUUAAGCUGUUGAAAUGGCUAUGAACGCGAUUCAGCUCGGCCUUCGACUGUGGGAGUUCCUAUGGACCCUGCUGGUCAUGGCCCUGAUUGGUAACAUGAUCGCCGAUUCAUUCAGUGGAAACCCGGCGACCGUCAACUAUGCCAUGUUUGUUUCGGCAUUUUCCAUGUUCACACUGUUCUACUUGGUCCCGGCAUCUAUCAAUAUCGACUGGGCAAUCCAUCCGAUCUUCAUGAUUGUCUUGGACACUCUCAAUGCCAUCUUCUUCCUUACGGCCGGUAUCGCACUGGCUGCUAAGCUCGAGGCCCACAGCUGCAGCAACAACGAUUACACUCUCAACAACGAGAUUACCAACGGCUCCGUGCACCGCGAGAAGCGUUGCCGUGAGGCGCAGGCAUCCACUGCUUUCCUUUGGCUUGCCUGGGCUGGAUACACGGCGUCCAUUGCCCUUUCAUCUUUGGCCGCCCGCCGGUCCGUCAACCUUCGGCCCCGGACGGGUCCCGCCCGUGGAGCUCGUCCCAGCAUGGCCCAGGUCUAAAAAGGAAACCAUAGGAAACAAUGAUUUACGGUGCCAGCUAUUUGGUAUUCUAUGAUCUUACUAGUGCAACUAGAUAUGAGUCAUAUUCAUGUUCUAGUUAAAAUUUGCACGACAAGUAUACGUUUGAAACGCCUUGGAAAUGCCGUCAAUUGAUGAAAACCACCAACUGUGUCUCUCGGCAACGUGAAAAUGACUAUGCCGACGAUUCUAUACUAAUUACAUACACCAGUUAAUAAUACUCUAGGGUUCGGUGAGGGAGUUGCAGAAUUGUAUUUGUAUAUCUUCUCUAGCUAUUGAUAAGAUGCUAAGAGCGGGAUGGAUAUGGUGUAUAUUGGAUAGUAGGAGAUGGACAAUAAUUGGGUGGCUCGGAGAAGUUCGAGGUUUGUAUCUGUUAUGCUGCAUGUAAUGUUAUAUGAAGCUUGACUUUGGUCAAAUUUGUUUAUUUAUUUAUUUUAAUAAUCAGUUGUAGACACAGAGGUGAACUAUAUAUGAAUAUGUGUAGGUAUUCCAAAAUCGUUCCAAGUUGGAGGGUCAGA